AUGGAUCACAUGAGCAUGUCCGGCAGCACGACGUGUAACUCGUCGAUGCUCUGGAACUGGUACACAAUAGACUCGUGCUUCCUCGCCGAGUCGUGGCACGUCGGCAGCAACGGCGCCUUCGCCGCCUCGUGCAUCGGCACCAUCCUGCUCGUCAUCAUCCUCGAGGCGCUCCGCCGCGCAGGCAAGGAGUACGACGACUGGAUCCUGCGCGGGUUCCAGGCGCGCGCGGCGCAGGCCAGGCUCGGGCUGUCUUCUCCCCCUCCCCCUCCGCAGCCGGCCGCCUCGUCGUCGUCGUCGUCGUCCGCGAGCGGGAACAACCCCAAGGCCGCCGCCACGGCGAGGGUGACGCCCGCCUCGGCGGCGUGGAGACGGCUCGGUGCUGGUGGUGCUGGUGGUGCUGGUGGUGCUGGUGCUGGUGGCGGCAGGGCGGUCGUGUUCCGCGCGAGCCCGCUGCAGCAGGUGCUCCGGGCCGUGAUCCACGCCGCGGCGCUGGGGCUGGCGUACAUUGUCAUGCUGCUGGUCAUGUCGUACAACGGGUACAUCAUCAUCUGCGUCAUCAUCGGCGGCGGGCUGGGCAAGUUCUUCUGCGACUGGAUGACGCGGCAGUACAUCAUCGACGGCGACGGGCUGGGCGAGGAGGAGGACGGCGCCGCGGGCAUCGAGGAGCCGAGCGUGUGCUGCAGCUGA